UCUCUCUCUCUCUCUCUCUGGUUAGCUGAGCUAAUUGGAUCUCUCCCUUCCAUUUCUUUCUCCCUAUUUAAAGUUUCCUCCCAACAAUUCUCUUUCACUCCAAUUAUUCUCUCGCUCUUCCUGUUACUCGUUCCGAGCUGACUCGCUCGACUCGGGAGUUUCCUUUGGAGCCUACAAUAUGGCAACGGGACAGCUAUUUUCACGCACUACCCAAGCUUUGUUCUACAACUACAAGCAGCUGCCCAUUCAGCGCAUGCUUGAUUUUGAUUUCCUCUGCGGACGAGAAACACCUUCCGUCGCUGGAAUCAUAAACCCGGGUUCCGAGGGGUUCCAGAAGCUCUUUUUUGGCCAGGAGGAAAUUGCCAUCCCCGUUCAUGCAGCCAUCGAUGCAGCAUGUGCUGCUCAUCCGACUGCAGACGUAUUCAUCAACUUUGCAUCGUUCAGAAGUGCUGCUGCUUCAUCCAUGGCUGCCUUAAAGCAGCCAACUAUCAAAGUGGUGGCAAUAAUAGCAGAGGGUGUUCCGGAGGCGGACACCAAGCAGUUGAUUGCUUAUGCCCGUGCAAACAAUAAGGUUGUUAUCGGCCCAGCUACUGUUGGAGGCAUUCAAGCUGGAGCCUUUAAAAUAGGUGACACUGCUGGAACAAUUGAUAAUAUCAUUCAGAGCAAGCUGUACAGGCCUGGAUCUGUUGGUUUUGUCUCCAAAUCUGGUGGUAUGUCUAACGAGAUGUACAAUACCAUUGCCCGUGUCACAGACGGUAUAUAUGAAGGAAUUGCUAUUGGCGGUGAUGUGUUCCCAGGCUCCACUUUGUCUGACCAUAUCCUGCGGUUUAACAACAUCCCACAGAUAAAGAUGAUGGUUGUGCUUGGAGAAAUUGGAGGAAGAGAUGAAUAUUCUCUAGUCGAAGCCUUGAAACAAGGAAAAGUCACCAAACCAGUGGUUGCAUGGGUCAGUGGGACAUGUGCAAGGCUGUUCAAAUCUGAAGUACAAUUUGGCCAUGCGGGGGCCAAAAGUGGUGGAGAGAUGGAGUCUGCACAAGCCAAGAAUCAAGCCCUGAAAGAUGCUGGAGCAAUUGUCCCCACUUCUUACGAAGCCCUUGAAGCUGCAAUCGAGGAAACAUUCGAGGAAUUGGUUGAAGAAGGGAAGAUCACUCCUGUCAAGGAAGUCACUCCUCCCCAAAUCCCCGAGGAUCUCAACUCUGCAAUUAAGAGUGGGAAAGUCCGUGCCCCUACUCACAUCAUCUCCACCAUCUCUGAUGACAGGGGGGAAGAACCAUGUUAUGCUGGUGUGCCGAUGUCUUCCAUCAUCGAACAAGGUUACGGUGUGGGUGAUGUCAUAUCUCUUCUGUGGUUUAAACGUAGCCUUCCACGUUACUGUACUAAGUUCAUCGAGAUAUGCAUAAUGCUGUGUGCUGAUCACGGCCCAUGUGUCUCUGGCGCUCACAACACCAUUGUAACAGCAAGAGCUGGAAAAGACCUUGUCUCAAGUCUUGUCUCUGGUCUGCUAACCAUCGGUCCCAGAUUCGGUGGAGCCAUUGAUGAUGCUGCCCGAUACUUCAAGGAUGCUUGUGACCGGGGUCUCACGCCUUAUGAAUUCGUCGAGGGAAUGAAGAAGAAAGGAAUUCGUGUCCCGGGAAUCGGCCACAGGAUAAAGAGUAGGGACAACAGAGACAAGAGAGUGGAGCUGCUGCAGAAAUUUGCGAGGGCGAAUUUUCCGACGGUGAAGUACAUGGAGUACGCGGUGCAAGUGGAGACAUACACGCUGUCGAAGGCCAACAACCUUGUACUGAACGUGGACGGUGCGAUUGGCUCUCUCUUCUUGGACCUCCUCGCCGGCAGUGGAAUGUUCACUAAGCCGGAGAUUGACGAGAUUGUUCAGAUCGGCUACCUCAACGGCCUCUUUGUCCUCGCCCGUUCCAUCGGUUUAAUAGGGCAUACGUUCGACCAGAAGAGGCUGAAGCAGCCACUGUACCGUCAUCCAUGGGAAGAUGUCUUGUACACCAAGUGACGGGGAAAUAUGACAUAUCAUUGGGCCCCACCUCCCAUGAUUUCUUGAAGCUCUUUUAGUAAUCUUCUUCUUCUUCUUUUGGAUAUGCUGUGUCCCGAAAAAGAACCCGUAGAUCUCCUCUCUCUGUGUUGUGAUGAUACACACACACCACCUUUACUCUACGUUAUCUGUUUUCCGGUGUUUCUGUAUUUUUGUCUCUUCUCCGAAUUUCCUUUAUUUCUUUUUCUUCAGCAA